CAAAGCAAAAGAUUUUGCACAGAGCGCCACUCCCCCAAUUGGUUUUUUUUCAAAAUCCCUCUAAUGGCGCUUCUUCUUCUUCUUCUUCUUCUUCUUCUUCUUCGCUUCCCAUUUUAUCUUCUCCUCCACGACCCUUCUUCGUCUCGCCCCUCCUCUUUUGAUUGCACCCUCCUCUCUCCUCUCUCGACCCCAAAGCUCGACUCUUUCUUCUGUAAUGGCCAAUCAAGAGUCCGCUUGCCUCAGGGUCACUCGGGCCAUUAAGAAGAGAUCCGCUGCGGCGGCCGCUAUGGCGGAGGUGGAGGAUUGUCCGGUGGGGAAAAGAAGGGUUGUGUUGGGCGAGCUUAAGAAUCUAGCGAACAUUGUCGUUUCUGUUAACCCUAAUUUGGGGAAGGAGACCCAGAAGGCGAAGGGUAAGGGUAAGGGCAGGGUCGCGAAGGCGAAGAGGGUUUUGAUUCCGGCAACGGAGGAAGAUGAAUCGGCGGCCACUGAUAUUGACGCUAAGUCUGAUGAUCCCCAGAUGUGUGCGGCUUACGUUAAGGACAUAUUCGAGUAUUUGUGUAAAAUGGAGGCUGAACCUAAUAGAAGAGCUUCUCACAAUUAUCUUGAGAAGAUUCAGAACGACAUAACUGCAAAUAUGAGAGGGGUUUUGGUGGACUGGUUGGUGGAAGUUGCAGAGGAAUACCGACUUGUAGCCGACACUCUCUAUCUCACUGUCAACUACGUCGACAGAUUCCUGUCUCAGAAAUCGCUCGAACGGAAGAAGCUUCAGCUUCUGGGCGUCUCUUCGAUGCUUAUCGCCUCAAAGUAUGAAGAGAUCAAACCACCGAAUGUGGACGACUUUUGCUAUAUAACCGAUAAUACUUACACGGGAGAAGAGGUCGUGAAGAUGGAAGCCGACAUACUUUCGGCGCUGAAGUUUGAAUUGGGCAGCCCAACAGCUGUCACGUUUUUGAGGCGAUUUAUCAGGAUCUCGCUGGAGGAUUACAAUAACUCCAAUUCUCAGCUCGAGUUCUUGGCUCAUUAUCUUGCGGAGUUGAGUAUGUUAGAUUACGAGUGCGUAAAGUUCUUGCCAUCUCUCGUUGCUGCAUCUGCUAUGUUUCUUGCAAGAUUCAUAAUCCGGCCAAAGGCACAUCCUUGGUCAGAAAGCCUUCAGCGAUACACGAAAUAUCGACCAGCCGAUGUAAAACAAUGUGCCUCUGCCCUGCACGACUUGUAUCUGAGAAGACGGGGGGCCGGAUUGCACUCUGUAAGAGAUAAAUACAGUCGAGACAAGUUUGAGGCCGUAGCCAACACACCCGCUCCACCGGUAAUACCAGAAUCGUUCUUCUUCGAUAUCACGCCGUGAAACCUGAAAUCGGUCAUCUGGGUACUGGCAUUUGUAAAGAUAAGAAGGAAGAUAAGGCAACAGCAAUGGCAAAGUAUGGAAUUGGAGCAGAACUUCGUAUGGAACGAGGCAAUGCCUAGUGAUGAUCAUUAUCUUUGGUGAAAAGAUCCAUGAUUUGCUGAAUCCAUCCAAAGGCCAUCACAGAGGAGGCUGUGAAGAACCUGUGCUGUUUUCUCAAGAAUCAAGAAUUGGGAGGGAAGGAGAUGUCUGAAUUUAGAUGGCCCCACACGAACGAAUUUAGGACAAGAUAGCUGAAGGCCUGAAGCUACCCAUUCUUUUUCUUCGCUUUUGUCGUGUUCAGUUUCUUGUAUAAAGUUUUGAUUCUGUUGUCCUUUUGUCUGGUGAAUCCAAUAAACUAGGUAAUGCAAAAGGUGAAGGCUUUCUUACAACUCAAUUCGAUUA